AUGGCUUCCACAGUCCCCCAGGUUGUUCUCUUUGGAGACUCUUUGUUCCAGCAAUGCUCAGAUCUCCAAGAGGGCUUCUCUUUCCAAGCUGCCCUGCAGUCCGAUUUCAUCCGACGUUUGGAUAUCGUGAACCGAGGCUACUCCGGCUUCAACACCGAUAUCGCUCUGAGGUAUCUUCCAGACGUAUUCCCAGAGCGUACAGCUUCAUCCCCUAAGAUGGACUAUUUGGUUCUCCUGUUUGGCGCCAACGAUGCUGUGCUUCCAGAUGCUUUCACAAAGCAGCAUGUUCCUAUUGACCGUUACAAGACAAACCUCACAAAGAUUGUCAACCACCCGCACAUCGCUGCUCAUAAGCCUCAGAUUCUACUCGUGACGCCCCCUCCUCUCGAUGAGAUCAAGUCGACACCUCGAUCCAUAGAAAAUGGUCACAAGGGCGCAGUUCGAACGUCCACUGUCACCGCAGCAUAUGCCGAAGUUGCUCGUCAAGUUGCACGAGAAAACCCAGAAGUGGUUCUUGUUGACCUGUGGCAGGCACAGAUGGAUAAGGCCGUUUCCCUCGCGCCUGGAGACUAUACUCCUGAGGGACCGUUUCUAGGUGACCCUGAGAACGGCAAGCAAGGUGGUCUGGACGAUCUUCUCCACGAUGGUCUUCAUAUGAGUGGAUUAGGAUAUCAAGUGUUUUACGAGACUCUCAAACCGUUGAUUGGCAAGGAGUGGCACGGUCUUCCAGACGAUGAUCGCAGGGGAUUUGCGAUUCCUGACUGGCGAGAACUGCUUGAGCUCGCGCCCAGCCUUAACACUGGCGACUAA